AUGUCUCCCACGGAUGCGAGCAAUGCUGCAAAGAAGAAACCCAACAGAAAGAAGAAGAACAAUAAUAAUGCUGCUGCUGCCAGCAAGGACAAGGCGCCACAAGAUGGCGCAAGAGCCAUAGAUACAACGCAGAAUGGAGAGCCAGAAGGAGAAGACGAAGACGACACCUCGGACUCCCCUGCCGUGGACGCACCUUCGAAUGGGCAUGCCACGUCACCAACCACCAACGGGCAUGCCGCAGACCCCUCGGACAAAGUCACAACAUCAGCCCCGUCCAACCCGGCAACACCAGCUGGCCCGGACACGAGCGCGAGGUUAGAAGCCAUGUCACAAGAAAGGGAAGCUCUCAGGGCCGAAGUAGAACAAUUGCGCAGACAGCUCGAAACAAUACAAGAAACACACGGACAAGAGACAGCCCAGCUGAAAGCAGAUCUCGAGGAGAGUGAGGCGGCAAAGGAGCAUGCCGAGCAACAAUACCAAACCCUCAUGGGACGGGUCGAGAAGAUCAAGGAGACGCUCGGCAACAGGCUAGCACGAGACAGGGAAGAGCUCGAGGAAGCCACCAAGCGCGUAGAGGAGCUCGAGUCCCAGAAUGAACAACUCCAGAACGGGUCGCAGAAGUUCCAGGACGAGAUCGACGGGCUCAAGACAGAGUUGCAGGAUGCCACGAGAGAACUGUCCAGCCUCAGGAGUCGCAACAAUCUAUCGCAGCACAACUCGCUGAAGGAGAAGGAAGAUCUGCAGAGACAGCUGCAGCACCUCAGGGAAGAGGCAGAAGCCGCCAAGGAUGCCAUGGGCGACUGGGAGGUGCUGGCCAUGGAGGAACGCUCCAUCCGCGAGUCCAUGGUGGAAAAGACCUCAGCCCUCGAGGAACAAGUCGCAUCACUGAGAGAAAGCUACGAGCGUGCUGCCUCGGACCGAGAUGUCCAGUCACAGGCCGUCGACAGUCUGCAGAGAGUGCUACAAGAGAUCCAGGACGCGCGCAAACGGGAAUUGCGCGAAAUGGUAGAAACCUCUGAGGAGCAGCUUCAGGCAAUGAAGAAACUGGUCAAGGAGGCUGACGCAAGAGCCACAGAAGCCGAGACAUUGAAGGUCUCGCUGCAGAAGGAGCUGGAGAGGACUGCACCGUUCGAAAAGGAAGUCAAGGAGAAGAACCUCCUGAUCGGGAAGCUCAGACAUGAGGCCAUUGUUCUCAAUGACCACCUAACCAAGGCGUUGCGGUAUCUGAAGAAGACCAAGCCCGAGGAUAGUAUUGAUAGACAAAUUGUCACGAACCACUUCUUGCAGUUCCUGGCUCUGGAUAGGUCAGAUCCCAAGAAGUUCCAGAUUCUGCAGAUCAUCGCCGGCCUUCUGAACUGGACGGAAGAGCAAAGAGAGCAAGCCGGCUUAGCGAGGCCGGGUGGUUCUGGCAACAGUCUCCGUCUACCUACGUCCCCGUUCCACCGGACUCCUAGCACGCCUUCUCUCAGCUCGGAAUUCUUCUCGGAGCCCACGCCCACAUCAGCCAACAAGGAAUCCCUGGCCGAUCUCUGGGCAAGUUUCUUGGAGCGCAGCGCCGAAGAGGGAAAGCCAGACGGCCCUUCGAGAAAGGGAAGCGCGUCGAGUGUGGCGACCGCGGCAACAAGAACGGACACGAGGGGAGGCCCCGGUGCAUAUACAUAA